ACAAACUGUGUCAGACACUCUGUAUAUAAAGACCAGCAUCCAAACUGUGUAUAAAUGCCAGUGUUUAUCUCUUGGCUACCUGCCUUCGUCUCAGGAGAUCACGAGAGAUUUAUGAUGAAGAUUACAGACUUCCUCGCUGCUGGGGAUGUGGCAGCUGCUCUGGCUGAAUGUAAUGAUCCCGGCUCCUUCCAGCUCAAGAAAUUCUGCAAAACCUCUGGCUUGGUGAAGAAAUCGGUGAAAGAAAUCGAGCAAAUCUUUGCAAUUCUUGAUAACGACAACAGUGGCUUCAUUGAGAAACAUGAACUCAAGUUGUUCCUUCAGUAUUUUGCUCCCCAGGCUCGAACAUUCAGUGACUCUGAGGCAGACAGUUUUAUAUCGGCUGCAGACGCAGACGGAGACGGCAAGAUCAACUUCUCUGAAUUCCAGAAUGUGGUCAAGAUGUAAUGAGAUUAAAGUGCGAAGCACAGAAGCAUCACCUCCAGCAUGACAACAGAGGAGAAUGCAGCUGGAUCCCUGCCCCAACCUUUGCUGGAAACUGUGAGAUCUGUGCUUCUACAAUGUUAAAGUGGUCACUAACUGCUUCAUUUGUCAUGAUUCAGUUCAGUCACAACAA